AUGAGAGUCUACGAACGUACUCCAAUCACUUUCUGGAAACCGAAAACAGCAAAAAGGUCCAAAGACGCCUCUCGGUUGCACUCCGGAUCGACAAGCAUGGGCAGACGGAGGGAGCGCUUGAGGGCGACCGAUGCUUCGCCGCACUGGCUGGGACGACUGCCGGGGUUUCGCAAGGCCAAUGCAGAUCUUGCGACGCCUCCAGACGGCGCAAAACGAUUCUUGCGACAUCAGGCAGACAGGAAGGAAAAGCGGCGCGAUGCGAGAAGGCAGAGACGCCAGGCUUCAAGUAGCCGUAGGUCCAGCCCACUGCCCAGAAUCACCGUACCUGAACCAGCUGCCGGCUCGGGUACACCAAGACCUCGUGCAGCUGGCGUGCCCAUCGACGCGAUUCGCAAAGCACUCAACAUGACGAAGAUUAGCGACAUGCCCGAAUCGUCCUCGAAGGCUUCAAAGGCGACACCUCGGCCAUCUCCGCCAGCUGAAUCUCAUAUACGCGACCGCGCAAGCUCCGACCCUGAUCGCUACGGAGCACAUGAAGUCAAGACACGCCACGAACCACCCACCGACGACGACGGAGAAGCCCGCCUGAACAAAGCCGUCAUCAAAGCUAAACAAAAGCUCAUCACGCACCCGCACGAGGCCUCGGAGCGCAUGGUCGCGAAACUCACAAAUGAGGUCAAGAAGUACCUGGCCUCGAGAAACGGUAACGAUGAACCGCGACCUCGAGAUCAAGACUCCCCGCAGCCGAGGACAGUGAUCGACGUACCACUCAGGCACCAGACUUUUGAUGCUGAAUCCGCUUUCGACGGCCCCUUCGAUGCCGACGCCCCCGAAUUCCCGUCGCACGAGACAGAUCCCCUCCUCCCCAGUGACAGUGACAGCGACGGCGACGGCGACGUAUUCCACACACCGCCGCAGCGCCGUAGCCCGCCCGGUGAGAUCUGUGGAUCCAGCGCGAUCCCGAUGCGCACGUAUACGCCGGGGAAGCAUCCGAUGACUGGGCGAGAUAAUCCGGAGAGGGAGGGGUCGUGGUGGCGGUGCUGGGAGUGGCGGUGCUGGGAGUGGCGGUUUUGGAGUUGUGGGUGGGGCAGGGAGGAGAGGGAGAGGAGAGGGUCUUUUGGGUCGUAG